AUGAGCUACUUCUCCGACCUCGGUGGCUUCUGCUGGUUCGUCGAGCCUGGGUUCGAGCGCCAGGUCCGCCGCCUCCACCGCCUCGUCGGCAACGCCAUUGUCGACGGGUACCACCUGCUAGUCGGGACAGGAUCCACGCAACUCUUCCAGGCUGCGCUCUUCGCGCUCUCGCCUGCAGAAGAUGGCGAGCCCAUGAGCGUCGUCUCGCCAGCGCCUUACUACUCGUCCUACCCAUCUGUGACAAAUUUCCUCAACUCCGGGCUCUACCGCUGGGAUGGCGAUGCCAAUACGACGUUUGCCGGUGACACCUGCAUUGAGCUCGUUUGCUCGCCAAACAAUCCUGAUGGCGGAAUCAGAAAAGCUGUUACCAAGUCCAAGUCCGGGAAGACCAUUCAUGACUUUGCCUACUAUUGGCCGCAGUACACCCCCAUCACCGAGGCAGCUGACCACGACAUCAUGCUGUUCACUGUCUCUAAGUGCACCGGCCAUGCUGGCACAAGGCUAGGGUGGGCGUUGGUGAAGGACAUGGAGGUGGCCCAGAAAAUGACCAAGUUCAUUGAACUAAACACCAUUGGUGUGUCUAAGGACUCGCAGCUCCGCGCCGCAAAGAUCCUCAAGGUUGUCUGUGAUGGAUAUGAGCUAUCGCCCACUAGCAAAGUAAACCUCCUCUUCCAUUUUGCUCAACGAAAAAUGGCAGAACGGUGGAGCAGACUUCGUGCUGUUGUGGCAACCUCGGGCAUCUUUAGCCUCCCAGAUAAGCUCUCUAGCUACUGCAUGUUUGCUAAGGAAGUCGUCUCGGCCAAUCCUCCAUUCGCAUGGCUUCGUUGCCAUAAAGAUGGUGUAGAGGACUUUGAGUCUUUCCUACGUGAGCGUAAAAUAAUCACUCGAGGUGGAUCAAAGUUUGGAGUGGAUGAGAGGGUUGUGAGGAUUAGCAUGCUUGACACAGAUGAAGCCUUCAAUGUGUUCCUUGGUCGUAUUGCCUCCUUAAAGUGA